GACAUUUUCGUAAAAGCAACGAAGUUGUCUUGAAAACAUUUUCAUUCGUUUUUGCAUAUAUUUACAUUAUUGAUUUUUCUUGUGAGGCGAAGUUUUAUCUCCGGAGCACAAUAGAAUGACUCAGAAGCUUUUUUAAGUUUCAAGCGAUCAUAUGUCACAGUUUUUUCUUCCCACAUGUGAUAACUUCGUGGUUCCAAAUUCUAGAAUGUUCUUCACGCACAGAUGUCAUUGAUAAUUUCGUGUUCUCUCACUGCAGUCAACUUCUUUCAGCAACAAUGGAAGGUGGCAUGACACCGAUGCCUGGUGGCAAUACAACUCAACCAAAAUCAACGAGUAUGAUCUACAUUUGUGGAGAGUGCCAUUACGAGAAUGAGAUUCGUCCGAAAGAUGCAAUUCGUUGUCGUGAAUGUGGUUAUCGUAUUUUGUACAAGAAGAGAAGUCGCAAACUCAUGGUCUACGACGCCCGUUGAACGGCCGUUUCGACUGCACAGCUGAUUCCAAUACUGUCGAUUCCGGUAUCUGGUUAUUGAUUUCCUAAUGAAGUCACUGUGUGAAUACAGAUUUGUCCAUUUUCCCUCAUUUUCUGUGAAAUAUUGGUCAACACUGAUUUGAAAGAUAUGUGCCUAUUUGCAUUCUAGAUCAGUUGUGCAUUAAGCAUCCCAUAAAUCUGGAAGAUUUGUGUACAGAGUAAAUAGAGCAGGAUAACAUGAAAUAAGAGUGUGUGGAAAAGUUCCAAAAAGAGUGUUUGCUGGUUCCACUAUCUAAUUCAAGCAACAUGAUUAUCCACUUGUUCGAGUCCUGUAUUUUCAUUUUUAGUACCUGUUGUAUCGAUGGAAAUGCUUUUUUUUGUUUGGUUGUUGUUGCUUUUUUUACGAUAAUUCUGGCUUCUCAGCUCUUGGCGGCUC